AUGCUGUUCGCUUGUUGGCUCACAGUUAUUUACGAUCAGAAGAGCAUGGGCAAAACUGACCUGGGUGAACAGUGCGCAUUUGUGAAAUCCCAGAAGGUUAGGCUCGCUGCACGAGGCGGCGGCGCAGUGCAGGCGUUGGCCUUGCAAGAGCCAGCGCAGCGGAAAGAUAGGCGUCCGCAGUCCGCGCCGAGCCAUGUGCUGCAGCUACAGAAGCAGCUGACUGCCAAAGUGCAGGAGGCGCGAGUCCUGGCGCGGGACUCGGCCGCCUUGGCCAUGCGUUGCCUCCGGAGCCACGGAGGCCACGGAGACCAUGGAGGCCACGGAGGCAGCGGCGCCUCCGCCUCAAUGUCGCCGCCGGUCCCGCCAAGGUCAGACAUCCCUAUGGCCACCGUGGUCGACAACAAGUUCCCAAGUUCUCAGACGUGGGCUCGAUCGGAAGUGGCGGACGGUGAGCCGAAGGAGCAGCCAGCAGCUGAGGAAAGACCGAGCGAUCUUCCCAGGAUGGUCAAUCGCCAGGACAAGCCUUUCUGGACGCAGCUGGGCGGAGUGGCCUGGGAUGAGGUAGAUGUCCUCGCGGCCCAGUGGUCUCCCUGA